UUGCCGUAGACGAAAGAGUUAAUUGCGGUCGACUAAACGCAAAUUGUAAUUUAUAUAAAUAGAUUAUGCAUUGCUGUGAAAUAAAUUCACAGCGAAUAGACGUGGUAAAUACAGUUGAAUUUAUAGUGUGUUGCAAAUAGGUAAUUGCAAAAUUUGCGAAACGAAUUCAAUCAAUAUAAUGGAAGUGAUUGAAUAGUCGGUAUUUGCAUAGCUAAAAAAGAACAGCAAAGCUAUUUAUUUCGAUUAGAAACGUGGACUCUUGUUAAAGAAUAAUAGGUGCUUUUUCAAAACAGUGCGAAGAAAAAUAACGUUUGAGCCCUUGACGGAUUAACUCAAAGACGAACAUUUUCCAAUCAGUGAUUUACAAUAGGAAUAAAGUAAAUUUUCAUUCGCAUAUCGAGAAGAAAAAAAAAAGAAAAAAAAAACCAAUAAAAAUGGAACCACUUAAAAGAUUCACACAAUGCGGGAGUUUGACUAUGCUAUUUGCCGUUUUCAUAGUGUUGUUCGGUGUAAGCUCAACAGCAUUAACUACGUUCGGUAAAAGUCCACAAUCACCACCGCCGCCUCCACCACCGCCCACAGCUAGAGCACGUGAAUGUCAAACACACAAUGAUUGCGGCUCGAUACAACACACCAGCUGCGUGCGUGACGGCGCGGAAAAAACGAUGAGAUGUCUAUGCGGUAAUAACAAAGUACCGCAAAAUGGAGCCUGCAAGGAUACGGUAAAACAAUUACGUCAUCAGUGCACAGACGAUGCGUCAUGCGGCGAUGAGCUGAUUUGUGGACUAGAAAAUCCUAACAAAACGACCGGAUUUACUCGAAAUCCAAGUGCAAUCGUACCACAGAAGAUUUGCUUGUGUGACGAAAGCUCCGGAUUCACGGAAGAUGUCGAAGAUAAUACCUGCAAUGAUUCCGGUCGUCUUAUAGCGGGUAUUUUCAUACCAUUGACAUCACUUAUCCUGGGAGUUGUUGCAUCAAGACGACAAUCGAUAUAUUAAUGCUAAUCGCAGCAUUCGCAAAAUGAAAAAAAGAAACAAGAGAAAAAAUGUUAGCAAUAAAUUUUAUCAACUUAAUCUAUUGUUUUCCAAGCGCUGCUCAGUAUAAUUCAACAACAACAACAACAUCCAAGUACCUUAUUCGAAUACUAUUCCCACUAAAUCACGAACAACUUGAAUCAACAACAACAACAACAACAACAAAAGCAACCACAACAAAUAUAUCGAUAAGAAUUCGAUGAUUAAAUCUUUAUUAUUGCUCACAAUCAAAUUAUUUCUGCGUUAUUACUGAGCUAAGUGCACCGUUUUAAAUCUAGAUUGUACAUUUUAUUAUACUUUGUAUAAAACUUCUAAAAACUGCUGCAUCGCUGAAUUGAAUUUUCGAAAUAAAUUCAAAGUACAUAAAAAUGGUGCGGUGAUAAAGCGUUUAUAGAAUUUGAAGAAAAAACAUAAUCUUUUUUUCGCUUGUGCACCAGUUAAUCAAAGAAGGUAAAAAAAAAGUUAUGGAAGCAACCAAAAAAAAGCGGUUCCAUAGUUACCAUUCCAUAAAAACUUAAGCUUAGAAAUGACAUGACUUUGCGAUUAUAAUAGCUGAUUAUCAGUGAUUCAAUUUCACUUUGCCAUCGUACUUGAACCAGGACUAGAUUAAGUUUCACACUUUAUGACACAAUCAGUUGAAAUUUACCCAAAUCAAAUGAACAUCGUUAGCAAAACAUUUGCACAAUAUUGUAGACAAUUAAAUUCCAACUUAAUCUCCUAUUUACGAAGGAAGAAAUGCAAAAUUUUGGCAUAAGCACAAGAUUUUUUUCUUCAAUUCACUUGAGCAAGCUACAUUCAAAGCAAAUAAACAUGUAGAAACCAAAAUCAAAGCUUGACGUGAAAAUUCAGUUUGAACAUAUAUUUUAACCAUAAGUGCUAAUGGCUUGCCACAUUUAAGAGUAUAUAUAUCACAUUCAACAUUCUUAAAUAUUUGAAGCUAUCUGAAUCAAUCAGUUGGAAUAAACAAGCGAAUGAAAUGUGCUAUUAAUUGCCAUUGCACAUGAAAUGCAGCCGAGCAGUUUAUCAAAAUGGAACGUAAAGAAAUUAUCCCAUAAGUUAAAAUUCAAUUGUGCACUUAUAAAUUCAUAAUGAUUUCUGUAAAACACAAAUCAAUUGCAUAUGGUAUAGUGUGAAUAAAAACUUUUUUGUCAUUUAUCUUAUUUAAACCAAUAAA